AUCUGCUCUCUCCUGACCCGGUAAUAUAUCUUGACCAGACCCCGCCGCCCUGCCGCACCAUUGACGCGUCGGCACCAAUUCCUCCCUCUUUGCCUGCCUCUGCCUGCCAUUGUUCCUCUCCCCCGAACAUGCCAUAGCUUCGGCCUCAAUUGCCCGCAAUCCCGCAUUGUCCUCAGACUACCAGUUUCCAGAUACGACGCGAGACAUCUCCUGUCACAUAUAUUACAUCCUCUUGAAGAAGAUUCUAGUGCUUCACCCAGCGACUGCCCAGAGCGACACCAAAGAGAGCGUGCCAAUGUCUUCCUCCCCUCGUCCCACCUCUGCAGACGAUAAGCACCAGGAUGAUGCUCAUCCGGCACUGCACCCGUCAAUAACAUCGGUCCCCGUCACCCCUGGUGUUCAUCUCGCCGGACACUCGGCAUAUAUCGAGCCAGACCAAGCCGAGCAAAGCACACAGCUUCCGUUCGAUGAGCAGGCCACACCAGGCCCACAAUGGAACGCAAACUCAUAUUUCGCGCCCAAAGAUAAACCUAGACCCGCUUCGCCGACCGAAGCGGCGGCUGGAGCGAGGAGCGGAGAGGACCUAUUACGCAAACUCAGCCUCAUUGGAGAUACAGUUGGGAAGCCCGACCUCGCAGAUGUAGAUCCCAGGGCAGCACACCCUGGCUUGAACCUCAGUGGUGGAGUUAUCAGCGCAACUUUCUGUGUGCCAUAUCAGAUUGGAUACUCUCCGGGCCUUGACUGGGAACUGAAAUCAAGGCGAGGGACCUCCGCAUUGUUUGACUCGCUAUCAUACUUGGCUUCAUCUUCAUCGCCAUGGAACCACACAAUGGUAGGGUGGACUGGCGAAAUCGAAGAGCGUCCAGAAGCACGUCCAGCAACAACCUCAGCCCCCGCAAUCGCUGCGCAAACGAACAAAGCAUCUGCUCCAAUUCCAAUUGACGGAUCUUCCAGACCGCAGCAGCCGGCAGCUUUUGAGGGGCUAAGAGUCAGCCGUGAAGACCGGCAACGCCUGGAGCGGCAACUAGAACGUAACCAUGGAGGCAGAAUCGUUCCAGUAUGGCUGACAGAUGGACUGGACGCAGACCAAGAUGUGGCCACCAUCAAAGACCAGUCCAAGUGGCGUCGUUACGCCGAGCAUGAGCUCUACACCCUCUUCCACUACAAACAGAACGAGCCUGCCGAUGGCCGAGCUGUACGCCGAUAUUGGGCAGACUACUAUCGUAUGAACAAGCUUUUCGCGGAUAGGAUCCUGGAAAUCUACAAGCCGGGAGACAUUAUAGUCAUUCACGAUUACUACCUACUGCUUCUCCCCAGUCUCCUCCGACAGCGCCUCCCGAGCGUGUACAUUGGCUUCUUCCUUCAUAUACCUUUUCCCAGUAGCGAAUUCUACCGUUGCCUCAGUCGAAGAAAGGAGAUCCUAGAAGGUGUUCUAGGUGCAAAUAUGAUUGGAUUCCAGUCCUACAGCUACUCUCGCCACUUCUCUUCAUGCUGCACAAGAAUUCUCGGUUUCGACUCGUCCUCGGCAGGCGUUGAUGCUUAUGGUGCUCAUGUUGCUGUAGAUGUUUUCCCCAUCGGAAUCGCCGCGGCUUCUACACAGCGACAGGCUUUUGGAGAUCCACUCAUAGAGGAAAAGAUCAAAGGGAUCCGCGAGCUCUACGCGGGAAAGAAGAUCAUAGUUGGGCGGGAUCGCCUUGAUUCAGUCAGAGGUGUUGCACAGAAGCUACAAGCAUUUGAGAUGUUUCUCGAGAGAUAUCCGGAGUGGCACGACAAGGUCGUGUUGAUCCAGGUCACCAGCCCGAGCCAUCUCCAGGAAGAUCAAGAGGAUGCAGACAACAGAUUCGUCAAUAAGAUCGCAGACCUAGUGGCCCGGAUCAACGGUACUUAUGGUUCGCUAAGUUUCGCACCAGUUCAGCACUUCCCCCAAUACCUGUCGCGAGAGGAAUACUUCGCGCUCCUUCGAGUGGCAGACGUGGGCCUGAUCACGAGUGUUCGAGACGGGAUGAACACUACCAGCCUGGAAUACGUCAUUUGCCAAAAAGGAAACAACGGCCCAUUAAUCCUCUCUGAAUUUUCGGGCACAGCUGGAAGCCUAGGAAAUGCUAUUCACAUCAAUCCUUGGGACCUGGGUGGGGUGGCUGAAGCAAUCAAUGAAGCUCUUACGAUGCCCAUGGACCUGCGGAAGGAACACCAGGAGAAGCUCUACAAACACGUCGUGACGAACAAUGUACAAAACUGGACCAACAACUUUUUGAAGCGUCUCAUGACAAACCUGUCUUCGUUUGACCAGUCUUUUGCGACGCCAGCACUAGACCGGGCUAAGCUCCUGUACCAAUACCGGCAAGCAAAGAAGCGAGUGUUCAUGUUCGACUACGAUGGCACUCUCACUCCGAUUGUCAAAGACCCGCAGGCGGCAAUUCCAUCAGACCGAGUGCUUCGCACGCUCAAGACUCUUGCUUCAGAUCCGGCGAAUGCUGUGUGGAUCAUCAGCGGGCGAGACCAGGCGUUCUUGGAUGAAUGGAUGGGCCAUAUCACGGAGCUGGGCCUCAGUGCCGAGCAUGGAAGCUUCAUGCGGCCUCCAAGAAGCGAGGAAUGGGAAAAUCUCACGGAGAAGGAAGACAUGAGCUGGCAAUCGGAGGUGAUGAGCGUCUUCCAGCACUACACGGAGAGGACUCAAGGAUCCUUCAUCGAACGAAAGAAGAUUGCGCUCACGUGGCAUUAUCGUCGAGCAGACCCAGAGUAUGGAGUGUACCAGGCACGCGAAUGCCAGAAGCUCCUGAACAACACGGUCGUAAAGAAGUUCGACGUCGAAGUGAUGGAGGGCAAGGCCAACCUCGAAGUGCGACCGCGAUUCGUCAACAAGGGCGAGAUUGCGAAGAGGCUGGUUGAAGCAUACGGCGACCAGGCCGGUCAAGCGCCAGAGUUUGUGCUCUGUCUUGGUGACGACUUCACGGACGAAGAUAUGUUCCGAUCGCUGCGGCAGUCCAAGCUGCCUGCAGAUCACGUCUUCUCGGUCACAGUGGGCGCCAGCUCCAAGCAGACGCUUGCCAGCUGGCACCUUCUUGAGCCGUCCGAUGUCAUUUCUGUCAUUUCGCUGCUCAAUGGCUCUGCUGACGCUGGCAAUAUAGGCGCUGUGGCCGUCCUUGAGGGAACUGUGCCGGAGUCGCGACUGUGAGUAGCGGCAUUAGGGCGGCAAAUGUGGUUUGCGCGGUGUUCCGAUGAUACACGGCAUAGUCUGGCGAGCGGAUGGACUCGGGUUCCCUCAAUAAGUAGCAUACGAGAAUAGAGUUUCACGAAGUCGUUGGAGGUUCUCUGCACUCUGC